AUGCGCUCUACAACCUCAAUAACUGAGGGGUCAUUAUUUCCUUCAUUUCUGCAACUUUGCACGGUUUUGCGAUACCAAAAACUUGACCUAUGGCCAAAUUAA